AUGCCUCCUCGCAAGCAAAUUGGAGUUCCAAGCACCGCGCCGACGCUUCGACAGUUCGGCACAGACCUCGCAGACGCAGUCCCCGCACAGGCCGCUAUUGAGGAGGAGCUUGCCGGAGAGGUUCAGGAUGCCGCCGCAGGUCAAGAUGCUUCAGAGGAGCGGAAGGCUUCAGCCGUCGAUUCCCUUGACUGGAGCACCCUGACCCGUGAAAGUCAGUUUUACUAUGGCAACGAGGAAGAGAAUAUCAGCGUUGGAACAGGAUUCCAUUUGCUUGGAACGAAUAAGCAUAUUUCCUCACAAUAA